AUGGAAGACGACAGGCUUUCAGUCUCUUCCCUCAAAUCGACCGAUUCGACUCGUACCACAGAUUCGGUCAAAGACAGAGACGACUACCUCAAGCAGUCUGAGAGACUCUUCAUCUUACAGCCAUUUACAGUUGGAGCUCUCAAGAACAUGCGCAAUUACGAAGGUCAGACACCAGCUGGAGACCGCAAAACAGACGUACUCGCAAGAGCCGUCCAGCUCGUCAAGACAAAGACUGAGAUAGUCGACUUCAUUCUUGCAGCUUGCCCAUACAAGUAA